UCGGUUCUCAACGCAUUGUUUUCAUGUGUCAGUAAUUUAACAAAAAAAUGAACUCUAAUCAAAAUUUUACAAGUUUAUGACUUAAAACGUGUGACAAUGCAGUUUAAUUAAGCGUGUGUAUUAUUCAAGCCAAGAUGUCGAGUUCUUCCAGCCAAAUGCCUUCGUCCGACCUUAUGGAGUCUCUGCUGAAAGACCCCGUGAAAAGGGCCCUCAUUCUUCAAUUACUCAACCAAGAGAAAGACAACAUCGAGAAAUAUAAGCGUCAGGAACUUAAAACAAAGACGACUCCUUUGAAAAAGGUGAAAAAGUUGCAUUGUGAGAGCCCUACAGCCCUGCAGCGUAGGAGAGCCCUGGAGCAGAAGAAUCCAGAUACGUCGGAAAGUUCGUCUUCGGAGAUUAGUGACGUUCCGACGGAGCUGAAAGGCCCCAAGUUGCCUUUCGAGCAACUUUUGAAGGGGGUGGUGGCUUAUGUGGAGGUUAAGAGAGACAAUGAGGAUCGUUCGGAGGGUAUUAAGGCCGUUAUGAGGUUAAUGGGUUCCACGAUUAGAGACAAGUUUACGAAUGAUGUUACGCAUGUUAUUUUUAAGGAUGGCUCUUUCACCACAUUUGAAAAAGCCAAACUUAUGAAAGUUCAUCUAGUCUCGGUGCUUUGGUUAGAUGCCAUUCGAAGAAAUAAUGCCAGAGUUCCAGAAAAAAAUUACCCAGCGUUUGGUAGCCGAGUAUGCGACGAAAAUGUUUCCAUCCUAUGCUCGCAAAUCCAAAAAGACUACGAAGACGUAAUAAAGGACGAAAGACGACGGCGACAUACAAUGAUGACACCAAAAACCUCCAUAGCCAGCUACCUCACCGCCAACAACCUCGCAAUCUCGGACGACGAAACCCCACCGAGACGACAAUCUCCCGAUUUAACAUCGGAUGACUCCGAUUGUGGCAUCGUGGACGGUCAUGCCACAAAACGACCCAGAGACUCAGAUAUACUGCAGUCCAGUCAAAUCCCAGAUAGUCAAAAUGUUCUGGAAUCUAGCGACUCCCCGUCAUUGCUCAGCCACGUGAGCAGGAACAAGAGGAAAACAAUCUCGAUUAUUUCGGACAUGGUGCUAACACCGAAUGUAGUAACGACUCAUCAGACGAGGCAAACUGAGAACAUAGCUGUGGCCACUUCAAAAGCAAGAACUAUGACGAAAGUUCUCCAGAAUUCGAUUUUACAGUCAAGCACGAUGUCGUCGUUGCGGGUGUCCACGGAUAGUGAUAAAACUAAAAGUGAUCUUGCAAAUUCUAAGGGUAGUAGUAAAACGAGGAGUUCGUUGCUUGGUGGCAAAGAAAAUAGUUUGAAGACUGUUGAUUCGACUAUGUCGUCUUUGAGAUUGAGCGAUUCUUCUAAAACGAAGUCCACAGGAAAGAGAAGUAGUAGAGGUAGCGGUGGUACAAAGAUGAGUUCGUCGUCGGGUAGAGAACUACAAGGAACGCCGCCAGAUCAUAGUUCCAACAAUAGUACAAAGGACGAAGUGAAAACCACUGUCAGAAAAAGCAGCAGAACUGUGGCUACACAAUUAACCAAGAAUUCAAAAAAACCUGCUUCACCAGAUCUGAUCACUUCAGACUCAGAGGACGAAAAUGCGAACGAAAAAAGUCCGAAGAAAAUAAAAAGCCCUGCUAAGUCUAACACGUCCACUCCAAAGAAGAUACUCAGGAAAAUGUUGGAUUCGUCGGAUUCGGAAUAUGAGUACGAUGACCAACCAAAAAGAAUCGAGACAAUUAAACGAAGACUUACUGAAUUAGUAGAGGAACCAAAUGAUCAACCAAAAGAAACGCCAGUUAAAACCAGAAAAACCAUAUCAGUAGUGGCAUCAACGUCAACUCAAAAUUUGACCCCGAAAACUAACAAAAGAACCUCAGCGUCAAAAGCGGCAGAUUUAAAUAACAAAGAACCAAGUGAAAAUGUUUCCGUACAAACCGAGAGGUCAAAACGAAGUCGAAGAUUAACUUCCGUUACACCGUCUGAACCCGAAAACGCAGAAAGCCCCACUAAUACCGAUCCAAGAAGAAGCAGAAGAGCGUCGUCAGUUAUAUCAACUGCAUCAUCAACAAGUAAAAAACCUAGACGAAGCAGGCGAUCACUUGCAAGAACAAUGUCGGAGUCGGAAGUGAAGGAAACAUCCAACGACGAAUCAGAAUUCGUUAAACCCAAAACAGUGAAAAAAUUGAAAAAGACAACGUCGGUUGUUUCGUCAGGAUCUGAAACAAGUUCAGUAGAUAAAGUGGUGGUGCCGGAAGACAGAAAAGUCGUGAAGGUCACGGUUCUUCUCUCACCUACAACUAAAAAACAAUCUGAAACAUCUAUAAAAAGUCGACAAAAUUGUGAGACGACUCCAAGCCCCACGAAAAAAUCUUCCGUCGAGCAAACAUCGACGGCCAAAAAAAUAAGAAAGUUGUACCAUCCGAACGAUGUGGCUGUUUUUUCGUCGCAAGAAGACGAAGACGAAAGGGAACGUAAAGAACACCAAAAACAGAAGGCGCAGAAGAGUCCAGAUGGGGUUUUUGUCAACCCUAACAAAGUCGACAUCACUCCUUUACCGUCUCAGCGUAAACCAGAUCGUUCAAAUUUUGACUUAGACGAAGGUAGCGGUGACGAUAAUGAAAUCAGAGUAACGAGACAAAAAACAAAAAGAGACAACAAGAAGGCGUUGCCAGUGCCUCCAGUUAGAGAUAGCUCUGCGGACGAACAACGAGAGUUGUUGGAAAUGCUAGAUCAGAGUAAUCAUUUCCGGAAAAGGCGUUCCGAACGAUUGUCUCUUUCACAGAGGAAACCAACUUAUACUUAUAGCUCUAAAUCUGAGAGUUUGUCAUCGACUGAUUUGCCCAUCACGCCUAUCAAUAGGCGCAGCACCUUGGACUUUGUACAAUUGACGCAGACUCAGCAGAAGCGUAAACUAAAGUUGGAUCCCAAAAGGCCUACGAGUAUAGUGUGCACGAAAAUGCAUAGGCACGAAGUCGUUCAUUUUGAGAACACCGUCGCCAGUUUGGGACGAUUCUUCGUUGAAGACAAAGUCACAGGGAAGACGUCACAUUUGGUUGCUGGUGAACCGAAAAGAACCAUCAACAUGCUGAAGGGUAUAGCUAGAGGGUGCUGGAUACUGAAACACGAAUGGCUACAAAAGUCUCAAGAGGCGGGAAAGUGGCUCAACGAAGAAGAUUACGAAUUGACCGACUUCUCUCCGGCUGUGCAGCAAUGUCGUCUACAAAGACAAGCUUUCGGCCCUCUUUAUUCAAUGGACAUUUUCCAGAAUUGCGGACUCAUCUACGUGGGUAAAUCUACCACGCCCAAACCCUCGGAAUUAAAAGAGUUGAUCUCUAUUUGCAAGGGGAAGUUGACAACGUCGUACAGAAACGCUGCCAUAAGUGUAGGGGAAGUAAUUCACAGAGAUGAUGUGAACUGCGUCACGGAAAUGUGGGUUCUAGAGUCGAUUCACUAUAAUAAGUUAAAAUUGUUCAAGCACUAUUUGUUGCAGCCUCAAAGUCACGAGAGAAGUCCUAAUUUUUAAAAGUUGUGGCUGUGUAUGUACAUAUAUUAUAAGCCAUCAAUUUAGCUAGAAUGUUUAUAUAUUUUUUUAUUCAUAUUGCGUCAUUUUUACAAC